UGUCUGGACUUUGGAGAGUGUUGUUCGAUCCACCUCCGGCCGCUCUCGCUCGUGGUUACAGUGCAAGCUACACCGGCCGGUAGUAAGAGCAGAGUCCACCGACGGGAAAAUGCGGACGACCACCGUGGAGGACUUGCCUGCCGACGUGCUGGCCUACGCGCUGCGCCGCCUGGACGGCCCGUCCCUGGCCGCCGCGAGCUGUGCUACGGCAGGCCUCCGCACCCUCGCGGCGGACCCGGCGACGUGGCGCGCGCUCUGCCUCGCACAGUGGCCGUCGCUGGGCCUGGAGACCUUGCUGGAACACAGCGUCCUUGGCUCUGCGGCCGUCUCACCGCAGCGGCUCUUCGCCGACGCCUUCCCCUUCCCGUCCACUUCCACCUCCACGGAUGCCACGGCAGCCGAUCAGUGUCUCCCCGGCGAGCUGAUCUCCGCCGUGGACAUCUACCAGAAUGGCACGCCCCGGCCGCUCUUCUCUCGGGUCAUGGAGACCUCCACGUCGUCCUCGUGGUUCCUGACAUCGCCCUUCCGCGUGGACGCCGUCGAGUGCAAGAACCCGGUGCCGCUGCGGGCGGCCCCGUUCUCUCCGUCGGAGCUGGAGCUGAGCUGGAUCGUAGUCGAUCCCCGGAGCGGCCGGGCGGUGAACGUGUCGAGCCGGCGGGCGGUGGCCGUGGACAGGCACUGGUACACGGGCGAGACGCUGGUGCGGUACGCGGUGGUGCUCGGCGGGAGCAAGUUCGAGGCCACGGUCACCUGCUCGGAGGAGGCCGGGUGCCUUAACCUUAUUAGGGAGGUGAGCCUGACCGUCGAGGACGCGGACGGCGCGGCGGUGAGCGGCGAAGGCAGCCUGCGGCUUCUCGUGGCCGCGAUGGAAGGGCCGAGGAAGAGAGCAGGGGAGAAGGAGAGAGAAGAGGCCAAGAGGAGGUACGAGGAGUUCGUGAGGAGCAAGAGGGGGCGGAAGGAGUCCAAGGCCAGGCGGGAGGUGCUCGUCGACCUGUGCUGCUCCGCCGUCAGCGCCGUCGCCGUGCUCAGCUUCCUCGCCUCCGUCGUCCUACGCUAGAGUCAGGGGUCCAUCCGGGAUAUCUCUACCCCGUGAAACAUGUACAACAGUUUUCCCACUAGAACAGACGAUCAAAAAAAGUGCAGAGAUUUGACUACUGAAUACUGAUAGUGAAGCGAACAAUCCUAUUUUUCUGUGCUGUUGGUCCCGAAACUCAGGGAGUUGAAGGUCGCACGGUGCUCACAAUUUAACCAUGGUGGUCUUCUGAAAAAGUCUGUAAAAAUAGCCACCGGGGGAAAGGCAUCCUUCUCAAAGUACAGUUAUUAUGCCAGGUCUCAAAGCAUGGUGAAAAUACCACUAUGUCAAUACUAGCUUAAAUUCUGAAACUGAGUACUACUGCUAGUACCAUUUUUCUUAUAAAGGGCAUUUUAUUGACUUAAAAUGUAACAUCAAGCGAAUACAAAGCAUGCUGAGUAAUAUCC